CGCUAUGUUUCUUCGGCAUUUUCUAUGAUUAUGUCGUGCCGCUUGACCGCCAUGGUUAUGCUAUGGCGCUGACGACCAUGGAGGAGGGUCAAGGGCAGGAUGAUAGAAAUGAACAGUAUGAGGAGGAAAUGACGAAGAUCUAUACGGAGGAGGAAAAAGAGCAAAUCAACUCUCUCCUAGAGUUAUGCUUUAGGGAUGGGAUUAUGCCGGCAGGUCUUGACGUCGGGGUAGCAGAAGUGACGGAUGAGAUAGCCCGAUUUGACCUUAAUGAAGAAUUCUCCAACCAGAAUGUCGAAUGGUUGAUAAAACACGCAGUCACGGUCCAAUUUUUAAACGAUGCAGCUGUUCUCUCCAACAGUUUGAAAAAGAAGUUGGUGAGAAUAUAUGAAAACGCGUGGUAUGAUUCUGGUCUUUUGGAUGAAGGAAUCACGAGGGGUCGUUAUCAGAGCGAAGGGAAGAAUCUAUGCUCUUUUGUUUCUUCCCAGACCAGUGUAAUAGAAUGGAUGUUGCACAAGGAAUCGGAUGUGAUCGUCCUAGAAGGGAAGGAAUAUCGCGUUGCCUUUUUGCCUUGGAUGACCUUUUUGGAGAUGAGAGAAUUCAAGGACACUACCCCAAAGAUUUUCUGGGUUCGUUGUCCUAGGGUCCCUUUGCAGUUGAUGUCAACACUGCAAAACGCAAUCGAGAAAACUUUCGGAGCAGCGGUGAAAAACUACCCGACAGAACAGGACGAUGAGGAACCUGAAUUGGGGUCAGUCAGAUUUGACCUCAAAAUUCAGGCGAAAGAACGGGUGCGCCCCCGAUUGGUAGUAGGAAUCCCUAAUCAGGGUGACUACUACUUCAAAGUUCUCUCGGCCAGCACCCCAUGGUGCGAACAGUGCAAGACCUUUUACCAUAAGGAAACUGAUGAGUGUUGUCCGGUAAAGGCAGAAGCGGAAUUCGAUCCUUUUGCGCCAGAAGGGGAGAAACCCACCCCCCCGAAGCCACCCUUCUCUGGAUUCGUACCUCUUGGCGAGACCCCCCCCGUGGCCGGCUUUAGAAGAUUUCCCCGAAGAGGAGAGAAGAAGAACCGGUGGAGGAAUCAAUCAGGGAGAGAGGAAAGGGGGAACCAGGGGCAGAGAUUUAAAGACAAUAACAGCGAAGGGAGCACGUCAGGGAAUAGAAAAGGGAACGGAGGUGGGGGCCAUCGCCUGCGAAGAAUAAAGGAGAAAUCCAAAACGACCACCUCCCGAGACUUGAGGAAGGGGAAGAGUUACGAGGAGGAAGGAACCGAAGAAGAGGAUGGAAUGGAGGGUACUUCCCUGAUGGAAGAACAGGCGGCAGGGGUCCUGGCGAAGGGAAGAAUACAGGGCCAGAAAAGAGGGGAGGUCUCCUCCUCGCAGGGCAAGAGAUGGAUCCCGGUAGGACAGGGGGAUCGAGCUUACAACGAUCUCCAUAGAGAUCAGGGUGGAGGAAUGAUGGGAAUGGCUGGCGUGAUCCCAACGUUGGGACAAGAGGACGCUAACAUACCGAAAAUUUUUGUGCCAAUAAUAUUAGCUAAUUCAACGCAUGGAAUCUUAGUUAUGGCCAAUCUCCUUGCAAAUGGAGCAAUGGAACUCCCGACUGCGUAUGCGGAAGAAGCCCUUACCGAAUCAGUCAUAAUGUCAAAGGUCAAGAAAUUGGUGCCGGCAUGCCUGAGCCUUCGGUUGAUCUCCACCCUGAGAGUGGGAGUGGACACAACACAGGAUUGUUUGGGGAACAGAGUAAGAAUGUACUAUGUUUUUCUGGAUGAUCGUAUGACCAAUACUAUUAAGAAGCAUCUUGAAACCUUGGACAAAGGUUGGUUUCCCCUAUCAAUCCUGAGCUCGCCUUUGAACGAUGGAUUGGACAGCAUACUCUUCAAAGGGUAUUUCUCUGCCCGAACCAUUGCAAAAUGGUUGUUCCACUCAGCUCACAGAAAGGUGUUGUUCUCAGAAUCCUUCGUUGAUACUUUGUUACUGCCUUGGGAAGAAGGAACAGGGGGCAGCGAAGGAAUUCGCAGAAGGAAAAAGGGGGAGACAGAUAUCGAAGACGAGAGCCGUAUCCAUGACACACACGGCCCCGGGGUAGCAAAUGCCUCUUAGAGGCAAGCUGCGUAUCGCGACAUGGAAUCUACGUGCCCUUUGUGAUACAGGGAAGAAAUUCAAAAGAGACAGACUGAAAAGUUGGAUUCACAAUAAGAACAUCCACGUGUUGUGUAUACAAGAAUCAAAGCUAGAUGAGACA